AUGCCGGUCCCCAACUACCUCGCUCUCGGAGCAGUUCUUUUGCUGGUAACACUUUAUUUGUUGUGUCUACCGCGACCGAUACCCGGGAUACCCUUUCGAAAGAAUGCCAGCAGAUCGAUACUAGGAGAUAUGCCUGCCAUGGCGAAACAUUCUAGAGAGACCGGGCAGGUCUGGGAUUGGAUCGUAUCUCAGACAGUGUCAUUGAAUUUGCCCAUUGUUCAGGUGUUUGCGAGACCGCUGGCCAAGCCUUGGGUCAUUCUAUCAGACUUCCGAGAAAGUCAAGACAUUCUGAUGCGAAGAACGAGGGAGUUUGAUCGCAGCACGCACGCUGGAGAGAUAUUCCAGGGACUUCUACCAGAUCACCACAAUUCCAUGCUCUCAACUGCUCCGCAAUUCAAAACCCAUCGGAAGUUGAUCCAAGACCUCAUGACAACGGCCUUUCUAAACGAGGUCGCUGCGCCUCGCAUUUAUGGAGCCUUCGCCGCUUUAUGCGAUCUUUGGGUCCAUAAAGUGCGAUUGAGUGAGGGACAUCCGUUCUCGGCAUAUCACGAUGUUGAGAGAGCAACUCUCGACGCGAUUUGGAUGGCGGUUUUCCCAUUGGCCCAGCAGGAUGGACUGAAUGCUCGUCAGCAACAACUUCUCUCCACGAUACCGGACAUGAAUACAUCCAUGUGUGCUUCAAAAGAUGAUCCUGUGGAAUUCCCGGAAUCGCCAAUGCCGCAUGCACAGCAGUCGAUUCUUACCCUUACCCAAAGUCUCGAGAUAAGUAUGAAGUCGCCAUUUCCGAGAUUGGCUCAUUGGUUUCUUCGCCGAAGGUCGUACAUGCGCGAAGCACGAACGUACAAGGAGAAUAUGAUAGUUCGCGAACUAGAGAAAGCAAAGUUGCGGUUCACUGGUGGGCUAGAUGGCGGCCAGGAGACAAGAUGCGCCAUGGACUUUGUUCUCCGCCGAGAGUUGAUGUCAGCUGCUAAGGAGGAUCGAGCUCCGAAGCAUGACACCCGGAUGCUGUUUGACGAGUUGUUUGGUUUACUAGUGGCUGGACACGAUACGACCUCGUCUACUACCUCGUGGGCUUUGAAGCUCUUGACAGAUAACCCCUCAGUUCAGAGGAAUCUAAGGAGCGCGAUGAGAGCUGGGUUUCCAGAGGCCAACGCCGGGCAGAGAUGGCCAACAGUGCUAGAGAUUGUCAAAGCGCGCAUCCCAUAUCUUGAUGCUUCGCAGGAGGAAAUAUUUCGGCGGUCGAUCGUUCAACCUUUCGUGGCGCGCCAGGCUGCGGUGAAUACCGUCGUACUGGGACAUCGCGUGCCCAAAGCGAAGGGACGCACGGGCUCCUGGAAUUCUUCUGAUAUCCAUCUGUUCCAACCUGAAAGAUGGCUGAGACAAGAAGCCAACGAGGUAGUAUUCGACCAGAAUGCAGGACCCAUGCUAAGUUUUGGGCUCGGUCCAAGAGCGUGCUUUGCGAGGAGAAUGGCAUACCUAGAGAUGAAGAUAGCGCUGGUACUCCUUGUCUGGAACUUCGAGUUUCAAACCGUCCCAACGACUCUGAGUUCAUAUGAAGCGGUAGACAAGCUGACUCAUCAGCCGGUUCAGUGCUACAUAAGACUUCGGAAACUUUAG